UAUCGCGACGGUAUGCAUGCACGGCCAACGUCGCGGUCUUUCAGUGUCGAGCUACAACAUGGCCGAGAAAUAGCUCUUUUAUUAUAAACUGCGCGGUCACACUUUAGGUUAUUCUUUUUUUUUUCGUUUGUCUAAUUUCCAUUGCCGUACGGGUGCUGUAACUUCUAACUAAAGGAACUUCUGGUUUCUGUGAGUGUCAAGUUCGGUGGUUCCAACUUGGAUUUAGCAGAGUUCGGAGAUACGACGACGUAUGUAAGUGUCAAGUCGGUGAAGGAUAAACGCGUAGACACAGAGGCCCCCAUAAAACUCUACCAGAAUCAACCACAAGAAAAGAUACAAGUAGACUCACAUGUGCUAAAAGAAAAUCCAAAGAAAAAUGAUCCAAAGCAGUUACAAGGCAAUGUAUCGGCCAAACUUCUACGAGUCUACAUGCCUCAGGUGCGACGAGACGGUCUACCAGGUAGAUCGCGUGGGUCCAUUAAAAGAUUUUACCUUUUUCCAUAGCGGGUGUUUUAAAUGCGCGGUGUGCGGUACCAAAUUGACAUUAAAAACGUAUUAUAAUAACCAGCACCGGCAGGAGGACAAGGAGGUGUACUGUAGCGGGCACGUGCCGAAAAUCGGACCGGGACAUUUGGACGGUAGUAGUGUCGGUAUUCGAAGUGCGUUGAAUGUUCCAAAGAGUUCGAAUUUUGUGAAUGAGCAAAUUAGGGGACCGGGUAGGAGUAGUGUGGACGCCGAUGCCCUUCAUGUAAGAACCCAGACAAACGGUUCAUCGAACCCCCCGCCUCACUCGCCCCCUUAUGGGGAGAGACAUUACAGUCCCACCACUUACACAGACGGCGCAUCCCCUACGGGAUACCAAUAUGGCAGGUUUGACGCCAGCGCCCUCCACAUAGCACACGCAUUAAAACAGACAGAAUUGCAGAAAAGUUAUAAAAUACAUCGAGAGAAACCUAUUGACGCGUAUUUGGAUCGCGAUGAACAAAGAAGAUUAGAGAUGAAACAUCGAAAAGAAGAAGACGACCUAUUCAGAAAAUUUGCUAGACAACGCGAGGAAGAAGAUCGACGAAUAAGGGACGAAUUCAGGGAUGAAUGGGAAAAGGAAUUGGAACGACUUACAUCGAGGUUUGAACGAGAAAUGCAAAUGAAAAGAAAAAGAGACGACCAAAACAUUUUAACCCUGAGACACCAACAGGAAAGGGAGGAUUUAGAAAAAAAUAUGACCUUAAGGAGGGAUAAGAAAAAGGAGAGUUUAACCAGAAAAAUGUUGGAGCACGAAAGGGCUGCAACGGCCGCCCUGGUCGAAAAACAGAGCCACGAGAUGUUGGAGCUGAUUAACGAAAAAAGGAGCGAAUACAUGCAAGCAGAAUCUUUAUACUUGGAUCACAACGAUGGAUAUACAGAGGAAGCUCAGCCUUAUCCAGUCCAUGCACCACCACCUGCACCUCCUGCUCUUAGUAAAUUUCAGGUUUACAACGAUCCAGUAGAAUUUUCAAACGUGGACCAAAUCGCUAUUUCAGUAGCUCAGGAAGACCAAAAAUCAUUUACAGAUUUAGUAAGACAGUUAGUAGGGAGAUGUGGUUCAGAUAUUGAGAAAGCUAGGACCAUAUUUAGGUGGAUAACAGUAAAAAACUUAAACACAAUGUCAUUUGACGACAACUUGCGAGGUGACAGUCCCAUGGGACUAUUAAGAGGAAUUAAAAAUGGCACAGAAAGUUAUCAUGUGCUUUUUAAAAGGCUCUGCAGUUAUGCUGGACUUCACUGUGUGGUCAUUAAAGGUUAUUCAAAAUCAGCUGGUUACCAACCAGGAGUGCGAUUCGAGGAUAACCGGUUUAGGAACUCCUGGAAUGCAGUUUAUGUAGCAGGGGCGUGGCGGUUUGUACAAUGCAACUGGGGUGCCCGGCACUUGGUUAAUGCCAAAGAGGCUCCGAAGGCCGGAAAUAAGACCAAAUCAGAUAGUUUAAGAUAUGAAUAUGACGAUCACUACUUCUUAACAGACCCAAAGGAGUUCAUUUACGAGUUUUUCCCACUCCAACAAGAGUGGCAACUCCUGAAGAACCCAAUCACCCUCCAGGAGUUCGAAGAGUUACCAUUUGUCAGAUCCCUAUUCUUCAGAUACGGACUCUACUUCUCUGACCCUAAAACCAAAGCUGUUAUGUUCACUGAUUCAACAGGGGCAGCAACUGUAAAAAUCGCUAUGCCUUCACACAUGCAGGGCACACUAAUCUUCCACUACAACCUCAAAUUUUAUGAUAGUGAUGGGGAUACCUUUGAAGGAGUAUCGCUCAAACGAUUCGUAAUGCAGUCCGUGGUUGGUAACACAGUCGCAUUCCGAGUACACGCUCCUUGUAGUGGGACAUUCUUGUUGGAUAUUUUCGCUAACGCGGUCACGCCCAAAGAGUACCUAACAGGAGAACCGAUGAAAUUCAAGAGUGUCUGUAAGUUUAAAAUAUGCUGCGAAGACUUGCAAACUGUCAUGGUUCCACUUCCGGAUUGUGCCAGUGGUGAAUGGGGACCUACCAAGGCUACCAGGUUGUUUGGUUUGGUACCAAUCACACACCAGGACGCAUUGAUAUUCGCCGGCAGAGAACUCGAACUUCAGUUCCGGAUGUCCAGGCAACUAACGGACUUUAUGGCAACACUUCACAAAAAUGGCGUGGAAGAGAAGCGACUCUCGAAAUUCGUCUCGCACAACGUUUUGGACGACAUCGUCACCUUCAACAUCACAUUCCCCGAGGAGGGACAAUACGGACUCGACAUCUACACCAGAGAAAUGGCCUCGUUACAAGACUCGCCAGGAGAAAAACAUUUGUUAACCCACUGUUGCAAGUAUUUAAUUAAUUCUUCGAAGAGGAAUUAGGUUACCUUUAAACUGUAUUUCGCCAUGUUAUCGAUAUGGCAACGGUGCUUCAAUCGUUUCCCCUUUCAAAAAUAUUUGUUUAUCUAGUCCUGAAUUAAUUUACCUGAAUACGAAACAUGACUAACUGAUCGAAAGGUGCUAAUUUGUGAAGAGAAUUGUACAGUAUUUCUUGCCUUAUUGGAACAGGAACUUGAGGAAGUGCGCCUAAAAAGUGAAUAAGUGUAAACAAAAGCCUCGAUGUGUCAAAUUUGUGUGCUACUCUCUUAAUUAAUAUUACUUACUUAUGAGUUUACUAAAAUUUUUAUUCAUUUUAGUGAUGAAUCCUAAAAUAUUAAAAUUAUUAAGAGCGAACAUUGGUUUUAAAGUUUCCAAUCAUUCGAUUUAUUUAAAAAAAUAAAUAACUAAACAAGCAAACGAUAACAAAUUAAUAGAUUUACUUACAGAAAUAAUAGCUGGAUAUUGUCUGAUCCACAGAUUUGGCUUCUAGCUUUUUGUUUACCUAUUAAACACAAACGUACCCUAUAAUUAUUAAUACUGCAUAGUGCAAUAAAAAAAAAUAAACGAAUGGUCACUAAAUAAAACAAGAUUAAGAUUUAUAUAAUAUAAUAUAAAAGUUUAAAAAAAUAUAUAUUUUUGUAUUUAAUAAUUAUAACUAUAAUGCACAUGUUACAUAUAAAUUUAUAUAUUGUCUGUUAUCUAUUGUUAGUUUAAGGGUUAAAUGUGACGUUUGUAAAUUUCGCUUAACGUCUUCACACACACAUUCCACGAUGUAAUAUUUUGUAUUCCCAUUUAAAAUUAAUAAUCAAAAGUUUAUUUAUUAUAUAAAUAAAAAAUAUGCAGUC